AUGGAUUUGAGGAAGAAGAGCUUGAAAACGAUCAUCAACGAACUUGCGACAGCACUAGAUGAUGGCUGCUUCACUCCCCGCACAGCGAGGGUGACCUUGGGUCGCGGGCGCUUUUGCACUGAGCUGCCGCCCAUGUCCGGGCAGCUCUGGGUGCCCAACGCUCCAAGGCCAGAGCCUGUGGCGAUCAACUUCGAGGUCCGUCAUGAAGAAACUACACAUGGAGACUCGUUGCGGAUUGUUGGAAGCUGUCCAGAGCUCGGUGACUGGCACCCCUCAGAGGGUGUCAAGCUGCGGACCAGCGACACGGCGUUUCCGCUGUGGAAUGCCACUGUGAAAGUGCCUCGUGACCUUUCGACUGUGGAGUUCAAAUUCGUCACU